CUCUACAAGUGGACACAUGUUAUGCCACAAACAACAGGGAUUUUUCUCCUGGUAUUAUACAUUUAAAUGGUGCUCCAAUGUAAUUUUGAUUAUUAAGGACUGACAGGGAACAACAGAAUUACAGGCUUGGGUUUAAGGAUUUAUUUAUUUUUGUUUUCAUCUGCUUGACACUUGACACCACAUGGUUAUUCCAAUACGUGUACGGUCUCAAGCCAUCAUCCCAUGUUUCCAGCUCUGUCAUCUCUGACUGAUGCCACUGCUGUUUCAGUGUGUUUCUGCUUCGGAAGCCUCGUUGCUUUAGCCCCUCCGGGGCCCUUGAACAAAGUGGCAUUUACAUCUGCACUUUGUUAACUUUAAGGAAAGCCCAGCAAAAGCACUGUUGAAGAGAUUUUUUUUUUGCUGCACAUAUGCAACUGAUGAGGAAUAGCUUCUUUCUGAAGCAUGAAAAAAUUAUCCACUAAAAAAUGCGAUAUAAUAGCAAAAGGAAAAGAAGGCAUUUUGAUCACCUUUUAGAAGGUGAACGACUUCAAUGCAAGACACCCAGUGUCAGCCAUCUGAAGACUGACAGGGACAACUGCGCCUAUGAGAGUGAGCGCUUGAAAUGAGCUCCCUGGAAAAGCGCCACACAGGCCAGCGGGAAAGCAUGCAGGGUCACCGCAAAUACUCAGAUGGCCCCAGGGACACAUCCAUCAGUGGCAGCUGUAUGGAUGACACAGACAGGGAGGUGAGCAAUCUCACUGAUCGUGCCUUCAGGAGCCUGUGCAUCGGCGAGGAGGCCAUUUACAAUGACUCAGAAUUCUCCUCAUCUCCUACUGAACGACAGAAGGCAUUUUCAGAGGAAACCCAGCAAAAGACAAUCUCCCAUGAAGCAUUGUCAUACAGCAUUCAGCAAUAUGGGGAAGCAGAAGCACAGUCAGAGAUGGCCUCGACAUUCCAGCAUUCCUAUGUGGAUGUAACCCAUCAGGAAAAGGCUUUCAGAGAGGGAAACUUGUCUCAUAUGAACAAUGGCUCCAAGGAGGUGACAUGGCAGCAAAGCAGGAGCACAUCCAGAGUGUCAUCUCUAAUCAAAGCCUUUAGUUCAGGGGAGUGUUACCAUGACAGCGGGACAUGUGACGUUAUUGUGGCAAGGGAUAGGUUUAGAGACUUUGGCAGGGAAUCAUGGGACAAAUCAGCUAUGCUAAGCAUCCAAAGCGAUCUCUCUGCAGGAUAUCAUCAGAAUUUUAAUCGGGCCCCCUUUCAGUCUUACAGAAACCAUUUUUACACAUCCGACGUGGCUGCCACAGUGGCACAGAUGGACACAACAGUCCUGAUGAAAUCUUUGAAAAGUAAGUUCAAUGCACUGAAUUCUAAAAACAGUUUUUUCCAUAGUGAAUUUAGUCCCUUUCAGCUUUGGGAAGAGUACAACAGGUUCUCCUUCCAAAGUACACAUGCGGGGUUCAUGCCACCUAGAGAAUUCCCACGGUGGUAUGAUUCUCCUAUGUACAAAGAGCUGAAAGACAACCACACAAUUCCAAACUCUCCGUGUGAAAGUAGGGGCUUCAAUCAGAGACAAAUUCAGAAUGUUGUGGCCAGCCAGAGCUCCAUGUCCACAGUUGUCCAGAAAACCUCCGCAAUUGAGAAGAGGUGUGAAUCUGAAAUGGCUUCCAACUAUCCAGCUUGGAAGAAAAACAAUAACUUAGUAAGGAACAAACUUCCAUGCAACCGGCCCUCUACAGUUUCACCUACUAAUGAGAGAACGUGUAGGCCGGAUUCAAAUUUGUUUAGAAAUAACAAAGUUACACAUGAGAUAGUGGUCAAGAGCAACCUGUCUAGCAGUGUGACGCCGUUCAACAUUACUCAGCUCCUUACACCAGUAAUUCACACAAGACAAGAAACAGAGACGUCUGAGAUCCUGCAGUUUGCACAAAACCCUUAUGCUUCUGACUAUUCUUCCCAGGGUGAAAUUGACCCUAAUAUUCAGACUGAUGUCAAACAUCUGCGUGACAGCUACAAAUUCAAAGCUUCAAGUCUGCUAUUCAACCUCAAAGAUAACCGAAAAAUAGUCAAGAGUACGUACAGUCCCACUAAAUUUAAAGGGAUAGAAAUAACAGAUCAAAAUAAGCUCAUCUCAAAGCUGGAGGGCAGAGAAUCCCAAUAUUCAGAUAUUUUAGUAUCCCAAGAAACUGCUCAGGAGAAUCGUAUUGGAAAUGAUGCACGGGCCUCAUGUAACCUAAUUCAAGAGCCCAGUGCAGCUUCUAUCACCCCUAAAGAUUAUACAGAUGGCUUUGGAUCAUAUGAUAAUUUGACAUUAACUUCAACUCAAAUUCAGGACAGAGUCACUAAUUACAAAUUGUUCUGUGGAACUUCAGAGGGUCACUCUCCCAGUACAUAUCCGCUGUCUAACAUAGAGAUCUCAACACGCUUUCUUUCAGCUCAGGAUAAAAGCUCUCUGACGUCAGAAGGUCAGUUAAAAGACCUCAAUAAUUUUAUUCCUGAUAGGACAAAAAUAGCCAAUGUGCUUCCAAGGGUUUACCCUCCGACACAUUCUCUGGCUGCUCAGACAUCAGAGCGAUACACAAGUCAAAAUGAUCUAAAACAAAGAAAGGACUUUGGAAGAAAAACAUUUAUUGAACACAGUCAAAAUGAAGCUGUUAAAGAAAAAUGUUCAUGGGACCAGACUGGUUCAGUCAAGGAAACAGCCAGCAGAUCUGAAUCACAGCCAUUUAGAGGAGAAAUAGCAGCACUGAUUGAAAUGGACAAACAGAGAAAGGCCACCGCUAAGCAAUAUUUUGCCAAUGACAGCUAUUCUGUCCGAAAGGAAACGUACAUGCAAAAAGUGAAUCAAGACAUUAAACUAGGUCGACUCGCAAAGAAGGAAGAGAAAGAGGUCAGGGAUGAUACAAUAUCACCCAGGAAAACAUCUUACAGUGAAAAAGCUAUUCAUGACAACCAAUUAAGCACAUUUUCAAAGCCUAUUGAAUCAUACAGAAUACCAAAAAACAGUCUCCAAACCAAAACAUCUCCUCUAACAGACGUUUAUGGUGGUUUACAAAGCUUCAGUGUCAAAAAUGAUUUUGUUAAAGGAGAACCAGCGCAAAAUUCUUCUUUUAACACCAUGGUGACACAAAAUACAUUUGAUCAGAGAGCUCAUGACUUUAAUAAAGGCCAAAAGAAUGAAGGAUUGUACUCUUAUCAGCCAUACAGAUAUGAACCUAACAAACAGUGGCACAUGUCAUCAACAAGCGAAGACAGACACACUAAGGAAAGAGUAUGGACACAGAAACAAUCAAAUCCUGCUUUGCAAGAUAAAAAUUUGGUCAUCCCAAACACUGAUACCUCACAUCAAAAUAAUAUAAGUUUACAAACUAAACAAGAGAACAGGUUCAGCAUAAAUGAUAUUCUUUCCAUUAGAGAUAAUGAGCAAGCAAGGAGGUUGAAAGAUAAUACAUUUGUUUUGGCUAAAUCUGAAAACCCACAAAAUCCAAUUAAAUAUGAAACAGCUGAAAAACUAACUGUAACAGAGCCUGUAAAAGAGCAACAAGGCUACAAAGUGCAGGACAUUACCAGUCCAUCACCUGGCUAUGUAAGAAAGGAUUUUCAAAAUACAAAUGAAACAAAAGACAGUACAAUGAGUAAAGAUACUGACAAGGUCACACCAAGAGUGCUUUCUUACAAGGAAAGAAGCCAAAGUAAACAAGAAAUACUGACUUCGAAAUUGAAAGCACAUGCUCAAAAGGAAAUAUCAGCUAUUAAAGAAAAGGGACUUGCCAAACAAGGCAUUCUUGUGAGAAACGCAACAAAAACAAGAGGGACUAUCAAUAAUGAUGGCCAAGAAGGUCAUUCUGUAAAGAAGGAAAUCACAGCAGACAAGCUGAAUCAUUUGUUUCAAGAUAUAACUUAUUCCAGUGUAACCCAGUACAAAGAACAAAUUAAAUUGCACAGUGACCAUCCCAAGAAUAGAUCUCCACCGUCAACAGAAAUAUCGCCUCUUCAUUUUGAAGAUAAUCAGAAUGCUGUCUCAGAAAAGGAUGAAAAUAUAAAAAACAAACCUUUAACUAUAGUAAGGCAGAAUGACAAACAUCCAGUAGAUGAAAAUGAGAUCAAAGAAACGUCUAAUCAGUACAGAAAGGCAACAGUGGCAAAUAUGAAAAAUAAUGUCCAUAAAAACUACCAGACAUCCAGAAUCUCAGAAGACAAACAAAACAGUAUGACAAGCUCAGAGCAUAUAAACACUAAUAAGGAAUUGGUGAAACAAAGUCAUGAAAUAUCACCAGAGGAAUCGAUGUCAGGUCAUUUUACAUCCUUAGUCAAGACUUACAGAGACAACAACACUUCCCAUAAUCCACCUGCACAGCAUAAUGACAAACAAACAGUUCAGCAUGAUCGGAAGGAAAAUCUGUAUGGAAGUAGCCAGAGUCAGUAUACUUCCACUGAAAAAGCUGUGACUAAACCUGCUGAUAUAAUCAAAGAAGAAGGACAUGUUACAAGCACUGAAACUACAAAAUCAAACAGUGGUUUGAAUAAAAAUGCUCUCUUGGGAUUGGAGAAAAACACACCCAAAUCUGAGGAAGUUUAUGUACAUCUUAAAAGUAAGAUUACUGCUGCCGUGGAGCAGUCUAAAAAUGAACCAAUCAAAAAUAGCUCUGAGAUUGCAACUAGUCAACUGACAUCCUCAUCAAAUGACAUUAAGUUUAAAAAUGGAAUUCCACCUACUAAACGACUAAUGGAACCAGCCAAAUCAGAUCUCACCUCAAACCUUCACACUAAUACAUUGAAUGUAGAUCCAGAGCAGCUUAUAAAUAGAACCCACAAACACAAUUCUGGGGCCAGUUCAGAUUCAGAGGUGUCAUCAACAGAAAAAAUCAACUCUGCACCAACAAAUGACGUGGCCACACAAAGUACCGGGGAGCCCGAAACACUAAAACCUUUUAAUAAUGAAGAUGUACCAGUGUUAAUAAACAAAAACAAUAUAACACAGGGAAAUGACUUGGCUAAGCAACAAAACAACACUUCACAAGUCAAGGCUGUAGAAAGGACCUCAGUAAACCAAAUGGUGGAGAGUCACUCAAAACCAGAAGCAGAUGAAGAAUCGCUAACACAAAUAGCUUCAGCUGAAGCAAAGGAAAGCUGUCGGCAAAAAGAAAUCCAUCAAGAUGAUGAAAAUACAAAGACUCCGUUCUCAUUUGACAAGAAUGAACUUCCAAGAAAUCAUCAGGGUAUCCCAAGUAUAAAAGAUGAUUCAGAAGUAGUAAAUAACUGUCAACAGAGAGAGAACAUAACAGAAAGAGCAAGCCCAAAACAAGAACAAGGAUUUCCCAGACUAUUAGAAAUAUCACAUGAGAAAAACAAUCCAAAAAGUCCACAAAAGAGUAUCAAGAAGUGGAUCCGACCAAUUCCAAACCCCAAAAAUCAUCUGAAGAUGCUCUAAAAGCAAAUGUUUCUCCCCAGCAUAAAGUCAUAGUAGAGGAGGAUGCAACUCAAAUAAAUAAUAUACAGCCUGUUUUAACACACAAUGUAG